AUGGACUGGAUAUUAACCGGUCCGGCGCCGCCCAUGCUCGGGGAAGAAGACGACUUCGAGGCCGCCGUGGCUCCGCCCCCGCCGCCGUUGUACUGCCCGAUCCAUGGAUUCGGGCCGUGCCCGACGAGGGACGGCACGGCGCCGCCCCUCCCGUCCCCGACUCUGCCCGCGCACUCGGCCGAGGACGCCGCUGCACCCACGCCUCCAGCCGUCGACUCCGCUCCACCACCUGUCGAUGACGGCGAGGUCCUCCACGCCGUUCACCCGGAGGCGAGGCGCCUCCUCCGAAAGUUCGCGGCCGCCAUGGCCCUCAACCACGCCGGUCCGGCCACCGGUGGGUGA